AUGGCUGAUAAUCAAGGGUUGCCGUCAUCAUCAACAUCCGAUGCUAACAAUAAUUCAACGGACCAAUCCAGCAGUAGCGAAGUUCCCAAAAUCAAAGUUAAUUUCGUGCCAAAAAUUACCAUCCAAGAAUUAUUAAAUAAAAGGAAACCUAAUGACAAAUUAUCAAAACCGCCAAAUGCAUUCAUAAUUUAUCGAGGAGAAUAUCUUAAAGAAGCCAAACGUCAAAAAAUUGCAAUGCCAAUGACAAAACUCUCGCAAAUGGCUAGUAUCUCGUGGAGAGAGGAGGAAGCUUAUGUGAAAAAAUGGUAUAAUGAUUUGUCGAAUGAAGUUGCCGAAAAAUGGGCAGAAUUACAUGUUCGGUCGUCCUCUUUUGUCAAUAAAAACUGGCAAUCUCCUGAAGGACAACGUAGCAAAAAAGGAAAGAGUGAGAAAAAAUCGGACUCAAAAAAAUCUUCAGAGAUCGAAAAGUUCCAAGACGAAUUAACGAUUAUUCAUGAAUAUGGCAACAGUACAACGCCAGAUAGCUCUCAAACGCAACGUUUCACGUCUACAAAUGAAGCCGCCGAAAAUGUAAUAGCGACCGAACCGAUGCAGUUGCAAGAUUUACAAGAAUCACUAUUUUUGUUACCAUUCUCGGAGUAUGAAAAUUUUUACAUAGAAAGCGAGGGCUCAACUUCGGGUGUUCAAAAUAUUUAUACUGGAAUACUCAGGACUGAGUAUUACCCUUCAUAUAGUGGUAGUACUACGCCAUUGAUUCCUAUCAUGCCCUAUUAUAGUCCAGCUGAUUCUCCAUCUGCUGAGGAAUGGCUAUUCCCUUCUGAAGGAGAACUUUCUUAUGAAGAAUUUGUACAGUUAAUGAAUGUGCCAGAUGAUUUUAUUGCCAUGUUAUCUUCCACUAUGGCAACUGAACAUCCUGAAUAA